AUGAAAUCGCUAGGAGAUAUAAAAGUUCCUAAAGCUACUCUGAAACGUAGAAUUGACGAUACAAACAAAAAUGUGCAUGGAUGCGAAAAAAAAUUCGGACGUUCUACGGAUCUUCCCCUAGAAAUUGAAAAUGAAAUAGUUAACCAUGUAUUGGAGCUAGAAAGAAGCUUGUUUGGAAUCACUCGCAAUGAUUUGCGAAAACUUGCCUAUGAUGUCGCCGAAGCUAAUGGGAUUUUACAUAGAUUUAAAAACGGUAAAGCCGGCAAGAAAUGGUAUUACUGCUUUAUGUCCAGGCAUAAAGAGCUAUCUCUUCGACAACCAGAGCCUACUUCAGCAGCGCGGGCUACAGGUUUCAACAAAGAAAAAGUCAAGGCUUUUUUUGAUUGCCUUACUUCUCUCUAUAAUGAGUACAAUUUCAGUCCAUCUUGCAUUUAUAAUGUAGACGAGACUGGCCUCUCUAUGGUUCAGAGGCCUCAAAAAAUUAUUGCACAGAAAGGAAAACAUCAAAUAGGAGCACUUACGAGCGGAGAGCGAGGUGUAAAUACGACAUGUGUCUGUUGUUUGAACGCUGCUGGCAAUUACGUACCGCCAAUGCUUAUUUUCAAGCGCAUUAGAUUUAAAGAUGAACUGAAGGCAGGCGCCCCUCCAGGAACAGAAUUUGCAUGUUCAGAGUCAGGUUGGAUAACUAGUGAGCUGUUUGUUAAAUGGUUGCAACAUUUUAUUAGUUUUGCGAAACCAUCUACUGAUAGGAAAGUUCUCUUAAUACUGGAUGGGCACACCACUCACACAAAAAACCUAGAGGCCAUUUUACUUGCCAGAAAGCAUGGAAUUGUAAUGCUGUCCCUACCAUCUCACACAAUACAUCGACUGCAACCCUGUGACGUCUCUUUUUUCAAGCCCCUAAACUCGUAUUACAAUCAAGCAGCUGAUAAAUGGCUUCGUACAAAUCCAAGCCAAAAUAUAACCCAGUUUCAGGUAUCGGCGCUUCUUGGGGAAGCAUAUGCUAAAGCAGCAUCUGUUGGGAAUGCUCUAAGUGGAUUUGCCAAAUGUGGAAUAUGGCCGUUGGACCCAAAUGUGUUUGAUGAUAGCGAAUACGUUUGUCUAUCUACCAGUACUAGUAGUACCACUUCGUUUAAAAAUCAAGUAAACUCGGAGAUAACCGAAGAAGUGAUUCAGAGCGCUUCACAGUUGACUAACAUUGAUUAUUCCAAUCCACUUGCAUCCACUUCAACAUCCUGUUUGCUAAACACAAAAGGUAAAUCAAGUAGUGAGCUGCCCAAAAGGAAAUCUGUUUCCGAAGUAUCACCUGUGCCCAUUUUGAAAAGAAAAUCGCGUAACCUGGCCUUGUCUUCUACUACAAUUAUUACAGAUAGUCCAUACAAGAACGAUCUUGAAAAAAAAACAACCCAAAAAAAUUGA